AUGCGCGCCUCAAAGCAGCCGAUCGACGGCGAGCACGUCGAGGCCGGGCGGCGCCUUGCGCUCGACCCCACGACGCAGAGCUCCUUUGCCAAUGUCUACCGCCGACACAAGUGGGGCGGCGUCGGCGGCGGCCCACUUCGGAGGGUCCUGCUUGCGCUAAUCCGCUCCCUCGGCGUGCACUCAAUGCUCGACAUCCCUUGCGGCGCGCUUGUCUGGCAGCAGGCCCUCUUUGCAUCAUUGCGCGCCGCAAACCAUCCCCUCCGGUACCACGGAGCGGACAUCGUCCCAUUUCUGGUUGAGUCACACCAGCGCAAGCGGCGGGACCUUACUUCUCCACUGCAGGGCAUGGAGGCCAACUUCAGUGUCGUAGACUUCAGCGACCGCCAGGCUGCGCUGCCUGCCGGCUUUGACCUCUUGCUGUCGAGGGACGGCCUGCAGCACAACACACUCCAGCAGAUUGCGCGCGGACUCUACACCUUCUCGCGCGCAGCGGCAAAGUGGCUUCUUAUCGGCUCCUACCCGGACUCGCAAAACACCCCGAUGGCGCGCGCGGGCAGCAGCCGCGUCGAGCUCGAUCUGAGCGCCCCUCCGUUCUGUCUGCCUCCACGGCGCGUUUACCUCGAGACCAGUCUGCUGCACACCGGCUGCGGCCGGAAUCGCACCGGAGGGGCACGGGGUAAGCCCUGUGACCACGCAAAGCACCUUUACCUGUACGGCGGCGCUGACUGGCGAUCGCCGAUUGAGGCGCACUGA